GAGAGAGAGAGAGAGAGAGAGAGAGAGAGAGAGAGAGAGAGAUCAGUGUAGCGUCCGUGCAUGUCGACACGAUGUGGCAGAUUGUAUUUUGGCUCUGCAUGUAUACAGUGGCGACUUGGGCACAGUUUCCACGUCAGUGUGUCUCACCUGAGGUCCUGCGCAGUGGCACGUGCUGUCCAUCACCCACUGGCCUGGCCAAUGAUGAAUGUGGAUUGAGAAGUGGGCGUGGCCGGUGCAUGCCGGUUGUUGCUGACAAGCGACCACACGGCCCUCAGUACCCUCAUGACGGACGGGAUGACCGGGAACGAUGGCCGCUGCGCUUUUUUAACAGGACCUGCCAGUGUAACACUAAAUUCAGUGGGUACAACUGUGGACGGUGCAGAUACGGGCUUAGUGGAGUGAACUGUGAUCAGAAAAUCACUGUGGUGCGUCGUAACUUCAAGGAAAUGUCCCCUCGGGAGAAACAGGCUUUUGUGGACGCUUUGAAUCAAGCCAAAAGAACAGUCCAUCCCCAUCUGGUUAUCUGUACACGGCGCUAUGAGGAGCUCUUUGGCCUGGAUGGGAACACAGUGCAAUGCGAAAACAUCACAAUCUACAACUACUUCGUCUGGACUCAUUAUUAUUCUGUCAGGAAGACGUACAUGGGGGCGGGACAGCAGAGCUUUGGUGGUGUGGACUUCUCUCAUAAAGGGCCAGGAUUUCUUACAUGGCACCGGUUUCACCUGCUGCAGCUGGAGAGUGAUAUACAGGACAUGCUGGGGAAGCCGACGUUUGCCCUGCCAUACUGGAACUUUGCUAUCGGAGGAAACGAAUGUGAAAUCUGUACAGACGACAUGCUCGGAGCCAGAAGCAACUUUGACGUGAACAGCAUUAGCUCUAACUCCGUGUUCUCUCAGUGGAGAGUGAUAUGCGAGGACGUGGAGGAGUACGAGACACUAGGGACCAUCUGUAACAGUACAGAAGGUGGUCCAAUCAGACGUAAUCCAGGUGGAAAUGUGGCUCAGCCGAUGUUACAGAAACUACCAGAAAAUGAGGACAUCAUCGACUGCCUGGAGCUGAAAAUGUUUGAUACACCACCGUACUACUCCACUUCUGCCUGGAGCUUUAGGAAUACUAUUGAAGGUUACAGCACCCCAAAAGGGAAAUAUGACCUGAAGGUACGUAGUCUACACAACCUGGCUCAUCUAUUUCUAAAUGGUACAGGCGGUCAGACCCAUGUGUCCCCCAACGACCCCAUCUUUGUCCUGCUGCACUCCUUUACUGACGCCAUCUUCGAUGAGUGGCUACGUAGACACCACCCUGGCACAGUCUUUUACCCUAAACAAAAUGCUCCCAUCGGUCACAACUGGCGUUUCAACAUGGUUCCUUUCUGGCCACCGGUCACAAAUGGGGAAAUGUUCGCCUCGGCUCAGGACCGUCUUGGCUACAGUUAUGAGGUCCAAUGGCCAACUCGGGCGUAUACUGUCUCUGAGAUUAUUACUAUUGUUAUAGUGGCCGUGGUGCUGGCGGUGAUGGUGGUAGUUGGAAGCACAGCCUGUGUUAUCAGAGUGCUUGUCUCACGUGAAGGGUUGGAGCCUUUGCUCGUGGAACAUCUCCAUCGUUACUGAGAAGACGAUCGCAAAUUUCAUUAUACAGCCUGAAUAUAUAACUAUUCUUGCGUUUUUGUUUGUUACAUUAAGCUUUUUAUUUUGCCAUCUUGUCAUUUAUCAUUGGAUAAACCAAGUCUCUGAAUGAGCAACAUCCAUUUAAAUACUGUUCUUGUUAUUUUUUAAGAAUGGAUAUGAGUAUAAGAGAAGAAAACUAUCUACCAAGCGUUCAAUGCGUUUUUUUAAGAGGUUAUGGCGACACCUAGUGUACAGAAGUGGAGGGUGACAAUCAUUGUUUUGUAUGACAGCAUAGUCUAUUGUUUUAUUUUGUAGCUUAGAUUUGAAAUUUGUUGCACUUUGAAAACACAAUGAUUAUGUGAUUAUCUCGAAUUCUUAAUAUUGCAAUUAUCAUUUAAAUGCACUGAAAUGCCUAAAUCAACGCUUGUAUAAUGUCAUUUCACAUCCCGCACACAAGUCAUUGAAAAAGUUUUCAGGCAAAUUAAAACAACUUUAAACUAAAGUUAAAUGAAAGGCACAAAUGGCACAAUUAUCUAGAUUAUGUUGAACUUUAGUUAUAACCCUGCAGAGAAAUGCUGGUCAAACUGGUUAAAAUGUCAUUUUUGAGACAGUGAAACCUAUAACGCAUCUGACUAAGAGUUCACUGAGACUCUUCAUCCAUGCUGGCAGUGUGGAAGUAAAAGCAUGUUAGUGACUCGACUAAGAUGUGGAGCAAUCAUUAUCUCUGAUUAAUCCAAAAUUGUACUUUCCUUGGCUACAUUUAUCACUGCUCUUUAUAGCGAGCAAUGCAUUAAAGAAGCAUGGUGGUGGUAGCAUUGUGCUACGAGCUUUUUUUUUUUAGAAGAUACUGACAAAGUGGUCAGGAUUAAGGGUGAGAUCGAUGGACCCAAAUACAUGGCAACGUUAGACGAAAACCUCAGACCGAGGCAGAGUUUCGCCUAAAUAUUUAAGACCCUAAGCAUACUGCAUACACUGGAGUGGUGCAAAGCAGAAACCGAAUGUCCAACCUAUAAGGAAUCUGAUUGACUGUGUGUGAAUUAGCGAUCUUUAUCCAGCCUGGAGCAUGAUUGAGAAAGCUGGUAAAGCCAUGUUCCAGGAAGACCAGGUGUUUUGCAGCCAAAUUGAAACGCAAGAGACAAUAAAUGAACAAGCAAAACCAUUACCAAACUCAGUUCUCUUUCAGAAAAUGCUUUAUUUAACUACUGAACCACUAUAAAUAGCCUACAACUUUUGCCAAGCCUGUUACAAAUAUAAGCGUGAUAGAAAACAGUUCCGUAAAGGAAUUUCUGAAGAUAACUCUUCAACCUUGGAUGUCUUGUUCGUUCCGUUUAGCAACAACAACAAAAAACAUAACAGUUUAAAAAAAAACUACUUAGUGUUAAUGAAAUGAUCGCGAUACAAAGCAAAUCGAACCGGGGACAUCUUUGGGGUCCACUUUCAGUUCCAACUGGCCAGCUGUAUCUAAUAUAAUAGCAAAAAUAAAACCUAAAGAAAACAUAAAAACUUUUUUUUUUUUUUUUUUUUUGAAGUAGCUUUUAUACUA